AUGACAACACACAAGCUUGAUCAAAGUUCAAACCCUUUGAAGAAAAAAAGUGUGAAGUCUACUGGUACGAAGAAGUGUGGUUGCCCCUUUUCAUUGAAAGGUGUGAACUGUGGUCCUGGAGAUGCAUGGCAACUUGAGGUUGUAUGUGGAGUUCAUAACCAUCCUGCAGCACUAAAUAUGGAAGGCCAUUCAUAUGCAGGGAGAUUAAUUGUGGAAGAGAAUUUACUAGUGGUUGACAUGUCUAAGAGUUUGGCUAGGCCAAAGGAUAUAUUAUAUACUCUUAAACGUAGAGAUAGGUUGAAUGUGACCACAAUGAAGACAAUCUACAAUGCCAGACAAAAAAGUAGGGUGAUUGAGAAAGCAGGUAUGUCAGAGAUGCAGGUAUUGCUACAAAAGUUGUUUGCCCAUGAGUAUGUAGAGUGGCAUAGAAGCUAUGGUACCGCUAAUAUUAUAAGUGAUUUGUUUUAUGCUCACCCUACAAGUAUUAAGCUACUGCACGCAUUUCCUCAUAUAUUGAUCAUGGAUUGCACAUAUAAGACAAAUAGGUUUCGCUAUCCACUUUUGGAGAUUGUGGGGGUGACGUCUACACAUCUUACAUUCUCAAUUGCAUUUGUUUAUCUUAGUGCCGAGAAAGAAGACUACAUAUGGGCAUUGGCUAGAUUAAGGAGUGUUACGGAUGAUAAUUCGAUUCCUAGUGUUAUUGUCACAGAUAGAGAGUUAGCUCUCAUGAAUGCACUCCAGAAAGUCUUUCCAAGUGUUCGACAUUUAUUAUGUACAUGGCAUAUUAAUUUUACAUUUUGA